CGGAAGUGGGGGAGAUGCUGGGCAAACACAAGGAGCUUUUCCCAUUGAGAAGUGCUGGGAGGGGUGAGCUUCCUUUUCGUCUCAAGAAUCCUUCGCUUGAGCUUCUGCUGCUGAGGAACUCUCAUCAUCCUUGCUGACUCUUCCUAUAGCAAUGCAAGAACACCUGUGGAAGGGGGAGGGACUGGUUUUUUCCCCUUCCUCCAUAAUUCUAGCAAGAUUUUAAAGGAUUGAGAGCAAAGGAUCAUCUAUCAUUGAGAAAGGUCAUCUCUUAUUCCUCAGUGUAGAUUCCUUUAUCACGUCUUUUCGCUUUUAGGAAAAUGUAACAUGAUUUAGCUCUCUCUUUUUUUGAAUGCGAUUAGAAAGACUAAAACGAGACUUGUGUCAGGAGAAAAGGAGCACAGAUCUGCCAAACUGGAACCCAAGAGGGGACCAGUUAAGAGUGGCAAAAGCCACCAGUACAGUUCAGCCUGACAACAUGGAAGGGCGAUUCAGACAGGGAAGACUGCAAGAGGGUGAAAGGGCUCCAUGCGAGGGUUUACCGCAUCAGUGGGAAGACCAGUGGCAGGAAUUCCUGAAGACUAUGCAGCCUGUGAAUGCAGGAGAGACAGACCUUGUGAUGCUGGAGGCAGUGCCGUGGGAUGAUACCAAAGCCUUUCUGGCCUCGUUUGAGCAAGUGGCCAACGCCUGCCGGUGGCCCGUAGGAGAGUGGGUGGCCCAGCUCCUGCCAGCACUGAGUGGAGAAAUGGAAGAGGCCUUUCGAAGCCUGGACACCCAAGACAAAGAGGAUUAUGGGAAAGUGAAGGCUAUGAUCUUGAGAAAGGAUGCCCUGAGGAUGGAGAAGCAGCGCCAGCACUUCAGGGACUUCUCCUGCCAGGAGGUGGAAGACCCCCGGAGGCUUCACAGCCAAGUCCAGGAGCUUUGCCACCAGUGGCUCAGGCCGGAGAGACGCAGCAAGGAGCAGAUCCUGGAGCUGCUGAUCCUGGAGCAGUUCCUGGCCAGCCUUCCCCCGGACCUCCAGGGCUGGAUCCGGGCAGGAGGCCCCGACACGUGUUCCCAGGCCGUGGCCCUGGCGGAGGACUUCGUGAGCCAGCAACAGAAACAGAAAGGGAAGUGGGAGGGGCCACUGAAAGAGGAGUGUUUGGAUUUCCUGGAAGCAGAAGGAAAGCCCUCGAACCCUGCAAAAGGACAGAUCUGCAAAGUCAAGCAUCAGCUGGUCAAAGAAGUGGAACCCAACGGUGACGUGGGGAUUCGUGUGUUGGGCAGUGCAAUGAAGUACCCAAGCCAAUCCAGUUCAUUCCUUUCUCCUAAAGGACAGGAGGUGGUCCAAACUGGUGUGAAAGAGGAACCAGUGGAUCGCAAGGAAACGAUCCCACUGGCGCAAAGAGACUGUCAGAGCCGGCCCCAGCCAAGUCAGCCGACCGUUGUCUGGAAGGUCUUGCAAGAGGCUUCAGGCAGCAUGGACUUCUUGGGGGAUGAAGCAGGAAGCCAGCUCAAGGUGGAGAAUUCACAGUGGGGGGGAGACCAGAUCAGCGUACCAGAGGCCGAUGCCUGGACCGUCCCACCAAGAAGCCAAGGGAACGUGCUGGAGAUGUGUGAGGAAGGAUGUGAACCUCAAGAGGAACAAGGGAAACUGACCCUAAAGACAGAGGAUGAAUUUGACGAACCGCCGGGAGCUCUUACUUCUAUAGUUAGCCAGUUAGCCAGUUCUGCAGCACAUAAAAGGGAAGAAAUGCUCUUUACGGUGCCAGGCAGAGAGGACCACGAACGUUGUCCCUUGUCGGUGGAGGCCUUCCCACAAAGUUCUUUCUCUAGUAAGCGUCAGAGAAUGAUCGUGGGAGGGAAUGAAGAUGGACUCUCUGAGCACGGGGUCAAGAGUCAUUUGGAUGGGCAUCAGAGCCAUCAAGUGGAAGAAACGCCUGAGAAAUCUCUAGCACAUGGGAGGAGUUUUAGUUAUACCCCACUGCAGAGCAAUCAAGGAAUUCAAAACGAAGGGAGGCCGUACGAGUGCUCUUUUUGUAGGAAGUGUUUCGGUCAGAGAGAACAUUUGAUGAACCACCGGCAGCUUCACACUGGAGAGAAACUGCACGAAUGUCCCGAGUGUGGGAAGAUCUUCACUUCUAGACAAGCCUUAAGGAGACAUCAGGGAAUUCAUACCCUGGUCAAACCCUACAAAUGUUCUCAGUGCGGGAAAAGCUUCAGUCAGAGGAGGAAUCUGACCAUUCAUCAGAGGAUUCAUACUGGAGAGAAGCCGUACAAGUGUCCUGAAUGUGGGAAAAGAUUCAGCCGGACUCAAUGUCUGAAAAACCACCAGAGGAUUCAUACUGGAGACAAACCACACCAAUGUUCUCAAUGUGGAAAGUGCUUCAAUCAGAGAAGAUACUUAAAGAACCAUCAGAGGAUUCAUACAGGGUUGAAGCCGUACGAAUGUCCUCAGUGUGGGAAAUGCUUCAGCAUGGUAGAGUAUUUGAAGAACCAUCAGAGGAUUCAUACUGGAGUGAAACCAUACCAAUGUUCUCAUUGUGGGAAAAGCUACAUUCAGAAAGUUGCCUUGAUCAGUCAUCAGAGAAGUCAUUCUAGAGAGAAAUCAAAAGAUAGUCUUCAUGUUGAAAAUGCUUCAGUGAUGGAAAACAUUUGAAAAACUAAACAAAAAUAUUGUACUCUCCAUAUGCAGAUUCUUGACAUGAGAAAAACUUAAAUCAAGGACUGAUUGUCAAGAGAAUCCACUGAGGAGAUGAAUGGUUCUGAUCUCCCUCAUGUGGGAGAAUCUUGUCUCAGAUUGAUCCAAGACACAUGGAUCAAGUGUAGGGAGAGUUUGGUUUGGACAGAUCAAGCACAUAAACUUUGGAGAGAAUUCCAGUCCAUAUUGUGGAGGGAUCCUUUCCCACAAACUAUGUUUUUGUCCGGGGAGGGGGGAGGGGAAUGUACAGAGGCAUGAAUCUGAUUAGCCUAGGCUGCCGAGAGGAUACGAUUGGACUGAACAUCUAAGUAGCCACAGAGCAAACGGAUAUGAAUGAAUUGGACAUUUUUGUGAAUAAUUCAAGCAUCUUCACUCUGUGUGGGAAGCUUUUGAACGUAGGUUUAAGACACUCUUCCCAUUGUAUAUUGUCAGGUGUGAAAGAACAUAAAUGUUUGGUCUUGCACC